AUGAGCAUAAUCAUCUUAUUCGAAGCCUUGAUGAUAUCUCUUUUGCGUUUAUCGGAUAAUUCGAAGGAAGCUAUAUUGCAAAAGUUACGUAAAGGCUAUGGUAGAAGAAACAUAAGAGCUGUAAUUCAGCGCCAUUUUAAUGAAAAGAUAAGAGAUCUUUUUCCUGAAGCUGCUAGUUUGUCAUCUUCUUUAACAUAUGUUGUGCAUCGUGAUCAGUUUGUCCAUUCAGAAGGUGUUUAUAACACAUAUAAAAAGGUUUUGAAAGGAUACAACAUAUCCAGAUGUAAUAUCAGAGAAGUUUUUGGAGUCAUUGUUAUCGCGCCAUCGCCUGUAGUGAAGGACAUGUUCCCCGUUCUGUAA